AAUAUGUCCUCCAGUGAACGUAUAUGUGGUGAAGUAUUUCUUUUGAUAGCUCGGCACCUACAACUGAAGGAAAAGUCCAUGGAUUCGCCGACGCUUGAAUCAACCAGGCCUCGACGCCCUCUGGUGUUGUUCGAUCUGUCGUCAUUUCGUUUUGGUGAAGUGGAUUUCAAGAUGAAUUAUCACGAUAUUGAAAAGCCUCUUUAG